UAUUUCUGCUAUGAUACUAUUUCAAAGCUGUUUUUAUUUUUAGUGUUUACAUUUUCGUACUUUAGACCUGCCUGAUUGUCAGAUGACAGACCAAAUAAAAUGAUAACACUUCCAUUUGUUUCGGAAUAGAAGACUCCUUUGGACAACUAUGACGUGGAACCCUCUACGAAGGUCUUCUCUGACCCACAAGCCUGACCCAGCUCCAGGGAUCAUCGACAGGCUCAAGGACAGGGAGCUGGAAGACCUGUAUGUCAACCUGCAGAAACUGGAAGAGGCCAACAAGAGGAUAAUCAAGGACAUAAAAAAGUUCUCUGAAGGCAUCCAGAGUCUGAGCAAGGCGGAGAACAAGCUCAUCAAUGAUUUGUCCUCUUCUGCCUCGUGCAAUAAAAAUGAAAAAUUCAGAAGCGUUGUUGAGGAGUACAUCACGGUCACAACUGAGAUGAACAAAACGGUGCAGGACACGUCAAAAGUGUGUCAAAAAACUGUUAUUGAUCCAAUGAAAAAGUACAAUAGCGAGUUCUCCAAUAUUUCUUCCUAUAUCCACAAAAGAGACAGCUCAAUUGUUGAUGUCAAGAAGCUCGAAGCCAAACUGAGGAAAUUGCAGGAUAAAGAAAAGUCAACUACGAAUAUGGCCAAGCAGCAACUCCUCAAGAAAACCUUGGAGCAGGCCAUUAAUGAAGCUCAAGUGACUCACAACAAAUUGCUCGAGGACUUGAGUAUUUUCCACGAACUGAGGGGUCAGUACUUGACACCUUCCUUACACUCCCUCAUCCAGACUCAGGCUGAUUACUAUGGGAAAACGGUUCAGCUUUUCACACAUUUGAGCAACAUGUCGACCGAAAACACUGCCAUCAACACGCCGCAAAGACUGUCCGAAAAGAAAGCAGAAAUUGACAGCAAACUGAAUGCGAUCAGGGCCCUGGCGAUCGUGGGCGGGCCAGGCGGACAGACGGCCGCCUCCUGACAACUGUUGCGUGUCAGGUCAAAACUUCGCCUCAGAAAUUGAGUUAUUAUUAUUAUUAUCAUCUUUAUUGUCUUUUCCGCGCGCCGCCAGUUGAUUCCAAAAAGUGCUUGUCCAAGAUGAAAUUUUCCGUGCCUAAAGACUGAAACUCAUCAAACAAAUAAUCUUGCAUCGACCACUUGAUGUGUUGCGUUCGCCUCUUUUAAAGUUCCUUAGGAUUCAAAAUUGAUGGUAGAUGGGCCAAUGUCAGGAGUCACUUUUGAACACAUUGCCAUCGUCUAUUUCCAUUUUUUUAAACUCUUGUUCAUUUGAUUCUUGCUCCUACGCAUUUUUGCCUUUGAUAACGAUUCCAUUUGGUGUGCUGGACGAUGAAUUACGUGAUUGGAAGAGCCAAUAUGAAACCAAAAACGAAGUUACGGUGCUAAUUUAAAAACUAAUUAAGUUCCCUGAAAAUGUAAUUGAGCGGUGACGCCAACCUUUGGAGGUUGCAUAGUCUAUAAAUUUACGCAAAUAACCGAUUUAGAGAAAAAUUUACGAAAUUUACUCUAGAUCGAGAUGACUUCACCGAGAAUUGUCAAUUGAAUCUAACCCCGCGUACAAAAUUAAAUUCAAUAUUGGCAAUUUCAAUCACCUCAAGGAUCAAGCUACAUGCGAAAAAGCUGUCAUUUUAGGCUGAGUUGACGUUCAUCAUUUGCCUUUUAAAGUUAAUCUGAUCAAAUGCUACAUGUGCAAAUUUUAACCUAUACUCGUUGCUGCAGCUUUUGCUGUGAAUAUUGUUAACAGCUAUUUAAAACUAUCCCUUGUGCAACUGUUUAACCUUGUUAUAUGCUGUAUAACAUGCACCGAAAAAAUAUAUUUAUGCUAAAACAUA